AACGCCGAGAAUUGAAUUUGUUGUACAAGAGGGAAAGAGAAAGAAACGCGAAAAUAGAAACAAAAGACAUUCGAAUUUUGUAUAAAUUUUGCUCGACGCGGUCUUGCUGUCGUAAUUAAUUUAGCCCCAUGUUCGUGAUGCAUGUUUAUUCGAGCCAGCAACAAAAAUGGCGACCGUCUCAUCUUUCCUCACGAUUUCGCGCGCUUCGUUAUUCGAUUUGCUCUUUUCGGUUUAUUACUGCCUGAUCGCUAUCGCUACCUUUGUUGCUGUCACCGCGAUAGUUAAAUGUAACACCUGGCUUGCUUUUAGACAUCGUCAUUGGCGGUAUAUCAUUACCGCCAUGUAAAUAUUGACUCGCGUUUCAUGUUACGAUCGUUGCGAAUUUGCGAGGGAACUUGAUCCAACAAGUCGGUGGUUCCCUGUUGAUUGAUUAUAAUCAUUCCUUCAAAUGUUCGUACCGUGAAAAACCUGCGCAAACAACCGAUUUCGCCGGUAAUACUAAUCCGGUGUAACAGCGUGCGAAUCUUCGAUGCAUCGGAAACGAAUCGUUGAUAAACCCUAUUUUAAGACAGAUGCUUACCUGCGGACACGAAACUAAGACACAAAAUAAUGACGUGGAUCAUCGGCGAUCAUCGCGAAACAUUGUUUGUUCGCAGCUCUGGAUUUGUAACAAAAUAUGUCGACACAAGGCUCAGAGCUUUCGAGUUGCCUCGUGACUCGAGAUGUCGAAGCCAUGUCCGACGAGACGCAGGGAAAUCGCGUGGAUAUAUUGGAGUGCCUAUCAGUCCUAAUUAAUGAAAACCACACUGAGAAUGGUCGAACAGAAGAGUUAAUAUUAGACGAGCAGUUGUUGGGUGGCACAACAUUGACGGCAGUGACAUUACUCGAUGGAACACAGGCAUUUGUUGCAAAUACUUUCAAUGACAAUGAGAUGGAUUCAAAGGGACAAGCAACAUUUGAAUUGGAGAAUGGAGACACUAUCUUAUUGAGGGAUGUAUCAGAGUUUACCGAUGGUAAACCGCUUCAAUUGGAGCUAGAUCCGACAACCUUGAUCCAAACUCACAAUGGCACCAUAGAGAAUAUGGGAAGCACCUAUCCAAGGGUGGAAUUUAUCGAUGGUACUGCCUAUAUGGUGACUGGUCACCUUGACGUUGGCAAAGAUUUGUGGGAAAUCGACAGUAGUAAAUUGAAAAAAAAGGACUCUAAAAUCUUGCUAAACAAACUAUCUGCCUCGAGGAUCAGGCAUCCUUGUCCGAGGGAGGGUUGUUCCAAAGUCUACAGCACUCCUCAUCAUCUUAAGGUGCACGAACGAUCCCACACUGGUCAACGACCAUAUCGAUGCACACAUCCUAAAUGUAAAAAAAAUUUUUCGACGGGCUACAGUUUGAAGGCGCAUUUGCGCACGCACACGGGAGAGAAACCCUACAAAUGCCCGAACGAAACAUGCGAGAAAAGUUUUAAAACUUCCGGGGAUUUGUUGAAACAUAUUCGAACGCACACAGGAGAACGUCCCUUUUUGUGCCCGUUCGAUGGUUGUGGCCGUUCUUUUACAACCAGUAAUAUUAGAAAGGUUCACGUUAGAACGCACACCGGUGAACGUCCUUACAAAUGUACGCAACCUAAAUGCGGGAAGGCUUUUGCCAGCGCGACGAAUUACAAAAAUCACAUACGGAUACAUUCUGGCGAGAAACCUUACGUUUGUUCGAUCGAAAAUUGUGGUAGAAGGUUUACCGAAUAUUCUAGUCUUCAUAAACAUCAUCUCGUUCAUACACAGCAGCGCCCGUUCGAAUGUAAAGUCUGUUUCAGAAGAUACAGGCAGAGCAGCACUCUUAUAAUGCACAAAAGAACGGCUCAUGCUUUAGUCGAUAACGAUGAUCAUGUUGAUGUUUUUUUUCAAGAAUCUAUACCAGAGUCUUCUAGUCGUGGCAAAGACAGGCGGAAGACGAAUAUUAUACGAGACAACGGCAGUUCUCCGCUAAAGAUUACAGAAAAAGAUAGACAGAUACAGAUUCAUUCCAAAGCGAUUGAUGAUUUAAACGACAACGAAACGCAGAUUCUACUGGUUGGCGAUCCUUCGCAAAUCGCAGCGUUACAGAAGAUCGAGUUAAAUGGUGGGUUCGACGAACCUGGCAUCGAUACUUCGUUCGAAGAAUUAAAUAUAAAGAUCGAAGACAUAGAGCUUGGAUGGAAUUAAUAUUUCUUCGAUGGCACAAACUCAGAACGUUGAACAAAGAGUUGAGUUAUCAUUUUACGAAACGCGAUUAUGUCUGAACUAAUUUUCUGAUUCUAUCGGCACGAAUUAUUUAGGUAACGUUUCGGUGUCGUAGAUUGACACGUUCAAUGCAUUACCCGUAUCGUGUUUCAUUCAGAGUUGGGCGUCAAUCGUCAUUCGUUAUUUUGAUUAAAUUUUGCCUAACACCGAUCUCGUUCCGUGCGAGCCAUACUUUUAUAAACCUUCGUUACACGCUAAGAAGAUGUAUCUGAAGUUUUUCUACUAUUUUUAUCGAAGUUUAGAGACUGCAACCGAAGAGUUCACGUUCCUAUUUUCCCUCUUAACGAAAGUUAUGAAAGUGCAGUACGGAGUGUGACCGAUCCGUGCCGUAAAAUAUGAAAGAUCACGAGAACAGCCAUCGCAGUGUACGUGUUAACGACAAUUCAACUUUCUUGAAUUUUCGGUGACGAGUGGAGAGAUUUUUAUGUUUAUUAUACGUAAAACAGAAAGAUCGUUUCGUUUAUUUUUUUAGAAAAGAAAAAAAAGAUGCACACGAACAAGCAUUUCAUGUUUACAAUUUGUACAUAAAGCAACUACAGUUUUUUGAUUGAGUUUUUUUUUUACAGUUAGGCUAAACGUCUCGUUGCACACAUAUAUUCAUUCCGUAUUUCGCGUUUUCAUUCCUGUUUUCAUCCUAUUUUUGUUGCGUGCCGAACCGUUCCGUUCCAUCGCUUUAGAUUUACGUUUCGUCGAUUUUUGUUCGAACCAUGCCGCUGUCGUCGAUCGAUACUACCGCGAGGAAAACUUUAAUUUUAGUUCACGUCGCGGCAUACGAUGCCGCGAGAGAAGGGCAUAUAAAAGUUAUAGAGAAAUUAUGAAGUUUGUGAUAAUAUAUCUUUUCAGUAAAUAAUACAAUAAUCUUAU